AUGUUCAAGCGAUCCUUCAUCUCGAAGGGCGACCGCGCCGGCAAGGCGAGGAAGAUAUCGAAGCGAUCCUUCAGAGAUGACGCGAAACAGAGGCUACGCGAGCAGUUGAACAACGCCAGUCCCGACACGUCGCCUUCGAUAGGCAGCAUGUGUUCACCCAAGCUCAACUCUGCCAUCGUUACGAUAGCAGUUGGCAAGGAUCGGCGUCUGUUUGCCGCGCACGAAGAUGUGCUCUCGAAAUCGCCUUGGUUCGCCGAGGCGUGCCGUGCACAAUUCUUCGAGUCUCCUGGCCAGCGAGUCAUUUCUCUACCAGACGAGGAGCCGGAGAUCAUGUCAGCAGUUCUCGAAUACCUUUACAAGGGCGACUACUAUCCGCGCCUUCUUCACGAUCGCAAGCGGAACACGUGGGCGCUCGAGGAUUGCAAUGAUCUGACAACCUCUACGUCCAUGUCUCCCCGCGUGGAUGCCGAAAAGAAAAUCGGCAGCCUCAACGAGAUCGCCUCAGUCUAUCAUCACGGCGUAGGUGACUACAUCCUCCGGGAUACUGUCGUCUACUGCACUGCUCUGAAACUUCAACUCCCGGAACUGCAGCGUCUUGCUCUUCGCAAGCAGGGUUUGCAGUCUGGUAUUGACGUGGCCACCAUCCUGCGCAGUGCACGUUUUGCAUAUGCAAACACGCCGCCCAGCGACUCGCGCCUCCGCGCCCACUACCUCGCACUCAUCAUCCGCAGCCGCAAGACCUUCAAGCGUAGCGGAACGAUGCAGAUGGAGAUGGAAAAGGGCGGCACACAAAUGUUCUUUGACUUGUUCGUCGCCAUGUGCAAUCACAUUGACGAUGUCGUGGAGCUUGGCCAAGGUCAAUCUCCCGCCCUCAACAAGUGA